AUGGGGGUCAACUCCCAGUCACUCCAAAAAGCAAAAGCAGGACAGUUGAUCUCGAUCCAUGAAGAACUUUCGCUGAACUGUAUCAUUUUGGUUGAUGGCAUGGAUUCCUUGAGUAGCUCAGAUCUUGAGUACAGAUUUGAAGCUGCUACCUGGGAAUUGAUGGUAAAGGAGUGUCGAGAUCGAUACACCGUUGAUGACUUGCCUGCUGAAACCGAAUCAGCUAUUACCACAUUACAAAGGUAG